AGCUCGUUUGUGUUUGACGAAGAAAGAGCAAGACAAGGUUGAAACAUGGGCUGGUGGCCUUUCGGUGGCGGGGGACUCUCUCAGAAGCAGCUGGAAGAGAAAAGACAGAUCAUGACGCUGACAAACGAAGUAGAAGCGAUGGGGGACAUGUUCACCCGAAUGAAUAGACGAUGCUACGACAAAUGCCUGGCCAACGCCGUCGCUGAAGGUCGAGAUUAUGGAGAAGAGCUCUCCAUCGAUGAAGACAAGUGCCUUGUUUCCUGUGCCUCGAAGUUCGUAGCUACACAACAGAAAGUUGGAGAAAUUUUCAUGCAGGAGGCUCAAGCGGCAGGCAAUUAAAUCGAUCGGAGGAGGGGCACACAGGAGAGACAAGUCACUGAUUUUCACGUCACGAUGAAGAACCUAUUUUCAAUCAUAUUGCUCUGUGUAGCAAUUAGAUAAGUAUGUAUUGC